GUGGGUGGUUGGUGAUUGGACGUUCUGUCCGUUUCGGGGUAUGGUUUGCGGUGGGAGGGGUUUCACAGGUGCUUUCCGCAGGUGCGUCCUGCACGAGACAGACGAGACAGACGAGACAGACGAGACAGACGAGAUAGACGAGACAGACAAGACAGACUCGGUUCCCUAGAUAAGUAAGCAGGCAAGGAGAGGGGAAAAAAACGUACGGGAGAGGGCGUUUAAAGUUGCUGAGGCGUUUCAGAUGCACCGCUAUCUAUCGCACAGGGCGCCCGAGGGUGCAGCGCAACGUAGCUUCUUUCCUUCUUCGACGGGGCGGACGGGGGAUGAUCGGGCCUAAAGUGUGAGGGUAGAGUCCUCUAGUGCCUUGGAUCAAUUCCAUUCCUCGUACAUGGGCUGUCCUGCUCCGUCUAGUCCAUUCCUACUCAAGGCUCGCUCGGGGCGGACGAGAGCAUGGUGGGUAAGUAAGGAAGGGGCGCUGGAGGAAGGGGCGCUGGAGGAAGGGGCGCUGGAGGAAGGGGCGCUGGAGGAAGGGGCGCUGGAGGAAGGGGCGCUGGAGGAAGGGGCGCUGGAGGAACGGGCGCUGGAGGAACGGGCGCUGGAGGAACGGGCGCUGGAGGAAUGGGCGCUGGAGGAACGCUGGAGGAAGCGUGGGGAUGGAUAGAGGGGGGGAGUUUGAAGGUAAUAUAUGUGUCGAGGUAAUAUAAUAUAGAGGAAUUGACACGGGGGGAGGUUUGUGUUUAACUUACCACUCUAACCUCACCGUCCUGCCUCGUCCGAUUUUGGGCGUGGAGAGUGUGCCCGACGGCGCUGGGUAUAUACUAAAUAUUACUACUAGAGUCACUAGGAUUUAGUGGAGUACAGCACACCCAGACUACCGUCAGACAGGUAACUUGGAGCGUGAUUUGGACGGUGUGGUACAUGUGGGUGGUGUGUUGUAGGUGGGGUGGUAGAGGGUGUGGUGGGUGUGGUGGGUGUGGUAGAGGUGUGGCCAGCGUAUGUUCAACUGGUCCUCGAGGUACCGCCCAUGGUACUUUCCGGGAUUGUAGUUUUCGUGCUUCUCCCAGCACUGUCGGGACAACACCCCCGAGUACCCUCAUUAUAGGAACCCCCGUACUC